AUGAACGCCUUUUCAUUUUCCAUACUCCUCGGUGCCCUUCUCUCGCAAGCCGAUGCUGCUGAGCAGAAGCACAUCGAUGAAGCCUGCAAUGAUGUUUCGGGAAUCAUUGGAUGUAGUAGCACUUUUACGCAUCCCGACUACCCGAAAGCCAUUUAUAGCGGCAACGGUGUCCAGACUGAUACAGAAAUUGUGCCUAAAGAAGUCAAUAUCUGUACCGCUGUCGAGGAGGCACUUGGCAGUCCCGACUUUGUGAAUAACGCCGAAACGUAUUGCUCUUGUCUCUCAAAUGCCAAACCCAGCUACGACGGUCAGAUCAAUGCGCACUUAACGCAGGGAUACCUUGACGUGAUAUCCAGGGAGGAAACAUGUCUUUCCGACAGUGGAUACAGAGUAGUGACGGACAGAGCAUCGGUGGUUAGGAGCCAGCUUGCAGCAACAAAUGGGUGGACUAUCCUUCGAGCCCCUGAGCCACUAACAGGGUUCCAAAUUGACGUAGCGGCGUACAAGAAGCUCGCCAAAGCGGUAAUGUCCUGCUAUACAGGAACGUCUGGCGGCCCUAAAGUUCGUGCCUUUUUCGCCAGCUACGUUCAAAACUCAUACAGCAUCACCGAAAGCGAUUUCGUCGGGAUGCUCAACAAAUGGGUUUCCUUGUUUGACGCUCUCAGGGAGAAGACAACAGAUGUUCAGACCUAUUCGUAA